GAAAGUGAAGGAGAGAGAGAGAGAGAGAGAUGAGGGCAGAAGUGGCGUUCGUCUAGUGCAGCCAUGUCAGUCCACUAUUAGUGGCGGUCGAGGAAGUACAAAAGGGAUACGCGAAGACUCCACCAGCCGCCGAGCCGACCGUCCCAAAAGAGAGGUGCUGACCAGGAAGCCUCCCUCUUCUCCACCCUUUAGGACGGCAAAGACCGGCGACAACACAAACAACGACACUCGCACGAAGCAACGAAGCUAAACAAGCAAACGACACCUACAACCCAAACAAACACAAGCGCUCACGAAAGACACCACCACCACCACCGCCACACGCUCGAGCAGCCAUCCCUCCUACUCGUUCUCCUCCUCCUCCUCCAGUGAUCUCCGCCGAAGUUUUAAGGAGAGAGUGACCCAGAACGACAGAGCGAGAAAAGAAGAGAGACCGUAGAACGACUCUCUCUUCCUCUGUACCUUCGCAGCAAUACCAACGACCCCCACCCAGGACACUGGCUAAAAUACACGCCUUCCUCUGCCAACCGCUUCCGAAAGCGACUCCGUGCAAGCUGCCCCUUAAAACGACCCUAGCCAUGGCAGCCCUGUCCUUACUCCUGCUGGCCGUCAUAUCUGCAGCUGCGAUAGUAAUGGCGGCUCCCAGUCAACAUCAAGUCAAUGGCAGGAAUUCCACGCUUGCCAGCAAUUACGAACUCCUUUGUGAAUUGAAAGCCAGUGGUACCAUACCUGUCAUUAAAUACAGAAGCCGGCGCACUGGACUCAAAAUAGUUUUGGCCAGAGUCGAGGGACCUCUCGUCAACGGAUACUUUACUCUAGCCACUGAAGCACAUGAUGAUGAUGGUCUGCCUCACACGCUGGAGCAUCUGGUCUUCCUUGGGAGUGAAGAUUACCCAUUCAAAGGUGUUCUGGAUUUAUUAGCUAACAGAUGUUUAGCAUCAGGAACCAAUGCAUGGACAGAUACAGAUCACACAGCAUACACUGUCCAGACUGCAGGUAGCGAGGGAUUUUUGAAUUUGCUACCGAUAUAUCUUGAUCAUCUGCUGUACCCUACUCUUACGGAAUCUGGGUUUAUAACUGAAGUUUACCACAUAACCGGGGAUGGAGAAGAUGCUGGUGUUGUGUACUCAGAGAUGCAGGCCAGAGAGAAUUCAGAUAGUGAUCGUUGCUUCAGGGCAAUGGCUCUUGCAAUGUAUCCUGAGCCUAGUGGCUAUCGUUCAGAGACUGGUGGCAUCAUGAAAAAUCUUCGCGAAAGUACAAAUAAUGAAAAGAUACGUAAUUAUCACUGUGAAUUCUAUCGACCAGAAAAUUUAAAUAUUAUUAUUACUGGUCAAGUGGAACCUGAAGAAGUGUUUGCAGCAUUAGAAUCAGUUGAGCAGAAAAUCUUAUCAAAGGGACCACUGGACCCUUAUGUCAGACCUUGGGAAAGCCCUGUACCUCCUCUGGAGCAUUGUGUUGAUAAACUUGUAGAAUACCCUAGUGACACAGAAGAUACUGGUUUAGUUCUUGUAGCCUGGCGUGGACCAUCAGCUGUUUCAGAAAUGAAUGACAUUAUCAGCAUGGGAGUGUUAAUGGAAUAUUUAACCCACUCGUCAGUUUCUCCUUUGCCAAGUAUUUUUGUAGAAGUUGAAGAUCCUCUUGCCAGUAGUGUUCAUUAUAGCUGUUAUGAAUAUUCUGUAUCAGCCUGCUACCUUGAGUUUAAUGGAGUACCACGUGAAAAGGUUGAUUACGUAAAGCCUCUUUUGAUGGACACACUAACACAGCUUGUGACUGGACGAGCAACCAUAGACAUGAUUGUUAUGAGAGACAUCCUUAAGAAUUUAAUUUUGAGGCAAGAUAGCCGCUUAGAAACCUCUCCCCAUGAUACAAUUGCAGAUAAUGUCAUUGGUGAUGCAUUAUACGGAUAUACAUGUGAACACCUAGAUGUUCGUCUUAACAAGAAGUUGUGGUUUACUCAUUUGAUACAAGAGUCUGACAAAUUCUGGAUUCAGAUGAUUAAUAGGUACCUUAUCAAGAGUCCUUCAGUUGUCAUAAGAGGUGUUCCUUCUAUAGCAGAAGCCACAAGAUUAGAAGAGGAAGAGAAGCAGAGGAUUGAAGCUAGGAAGUUAGCCCUUGGCCAAGAGCAGCUAAAAAUAUGGGAAGACAAAGUAGAAAAUGCUAAACUAACAAAUGAGAUUCCUCCUCCACCAGAGAUGCUGCAGUCAGUACCUGUUCCAGGUGUUUCUAGUAUAAACUUCCACCCCAUCAAUGCCUAUAGCAACCACAUCAACUUAGAUGGUACUUCAGGAGCAUUACAACCUCAAUUAUCAUUUUCUCAGCUUCUCAGUAAUCUCCCUGUCAAGUUUCAGCUAGAUGAUCUUCACUCUAAUUUUGUUGAGGUAAUUGCCAUUUUGGACACUUCUACAUUAAGACCACCACUUCGUCCUUACUUGACUUUGCUUCUUGAUCUACUGUUUGAGUCUCCUGUUUUACGAAAUGAUGCUGUUAUCCCGUAUGAAGAAGUGGUGCGAGAAUUAUCUGCUGAUACUUUGUCUCGGGACACAGUCAUUGGAUUAGCUUUGAAUGGCAGACAGUUUUCUACUGGUCCCUAUAGUUCCAAUGCAGCUGUUGUUAUAAAGGUAGAGAUGGAGAAGUAUGCGAGAGGGGUAGGAUGGCUCCAGGAUGUACUUUUUAAGAGCAUAUUCAGUGCAGAGAGAAUCAGAGUUAAAGCCAACAAGUUGAUCAAUUCUAUAGGCGAAUAUAAACGGAGUGGUCCAGCAUUGUUGCAGCUGAUGUUUAAUGAUGUUACAUUCCAGAAAGAUGCCAAUGAAAAUCAACAGACAAUUCUGCGUCAACAGAAGUUCCUUACUGCUGUACUGGAUAGGUUAAUAACUGAUGAGGCUGCAGUACUGAGUGAAAUAGAAGAGGUGCGCAGCACAAUAUGCCACAGAGAUCGAAUUACUAUUCACAUGGCAACUAGUGUGGAAAGACUCUCAACUAUAAUUGACCCAAUGGCCCCCUGGGUAAACUUCAUAUCAGGUGCUGAAACUCCAAAAGAUAAACUGCUCAAUGUAAUCCCAGAUAGUCAAUUGGUGUCUAAUGAAAACUUUGGAAAUGUAACUGGUUUCUUGACUGGGGUUGGAUCUGUUGAGUCAGCAUAUCUUUUACAAUCUACCCGAUGCGUCACAGAACAUCGAGAUUGGGAUGUUCCAGCUAUACUUACUGCUAUUCAGUACCUGACUCAACUUGAGGGUCCAAUGUGGAGAGAAAUUAGAGGAAAAGGUUUGGCAUACUCGUAUAGCAUGACCCUAAACCCUACUGAAGGAACAUUAACUUUGAAAUUAUCAAGAGCAGCUCAGUUGACGGGUGCUUAUGAAGAGGCUCUUAAUAUUUUAAAUUCACACAUCAACGGUACAGCUUCAUGGGAGAUGAAUUUAUUAGAGUCAGCUCGUAGCUCUCUCAUCUAUGAAGUGAUUGAGCGAGAAGCUGUUGUUGCUGGUGUUGUUCAGCAGUCUCUGUUAUCCUAUUUCAGAAGAGUUCCUCAUUCUUACAACAAAGACCUGAUUGAUAGAAUUGCUGUGGUAACUAUAGAAGAUGUGAAAAGAGUAGCUCUGAAAUAUUUUGUUCCUUUAGUACAACCGAACACAUCAAAUACUGUUAUAGUAUGUCAUCCGUCCAAAGUUCAGGAAAUUGUUAGAGAGCUGAAAAAGUUUGGCCAUAAUUUGGAAGUAAUUGAAUCUUUAGAAGACAGCAGAUUUGGAUAAAACUUCAAGAAGGUAUUAUUCAUGAAUGAAGCAUACUGUGUAUCAUCAUCAUCAUCAGUGUGUCAUGGAAGUCUUUUACCUCAGAUGCAACUGUUCUUCCAUACUUUUGUUUACAUAUUCUGCCUUAAGUAAUUAAUUACACAUUUCUCAGAUAGUCUGAAGAAUGGUAAUUUUACGAAACUUCCUUAGCACAGCUGUUAACUAUGGAUGCAGAGUUUUCACUGUUCUUUUGUAUUAUUUAUUGGCUGUAGCAAAAUAUGAUUUAGUACUUGGUAACCAACUGCAUCUUCUUCACUCAGGGAAGAAGUAAGUGAUGCUUUGCUUAUCAUGUUUAUGAGCCGCCUCAGUAUUACAUUGCAUUGCGUCACAGCACAAUCUUAAGAGGGAACUUGGUUUAAAGUUGUACUGUUAUACAGUGAGACCAAAGUUUUUUUUCAAAUAGUUGCAAAUAAUUUGACAGACUACUGACCAAAUCCAAUAGUUGAAAAAAUCCAAGCAAUUUUCAAUCAUGAUUAUGAAAUCACAUUGCAAAAGCACGGUUUCAAGAUUCUUUCCUCUCUCUCUCUCUCUCAAUGAUGGUACAGCAAAUGCCCACCACUUCUUCAGUAGUGGUUAUGGAAAUGUUUAUUUUAAUGAUUAUGUAUUUUAUGGAAAUCUUUAAUUUUAAUGAUUAUGUAUUUUAUCUAUUACCGGCAAGAAAUUUUUUGUAUAUGCAGUCAGUAUAGUCAUUAUAAUCACUUUGAAAUUCAAUGGAAAUAAUUUUCAUGUAUCAUAAAUGUAACAAAAUUAUUUCAAGAAAUUGAACACUAUAUUGAACCUUGCAUAUUAUAAGUCAAAACCUUGUGUGUAUAUACGCUUAUUUAACUAGUUAAAAGUUAUUUUUAUGUUUAUGAAACCAACCAAUAUAAGAUUGUAACUGGCAAUAAAUCUGGUUUUAAGGAUUAAAUUUUGAGCUCAGGGAGUUGUUUGAUAUAUCUUUGCCAAAAUGUUUGUGGGUAAUGAUAUGGUAAAAAUAUUGCAGUUUCUGAUGUAUGUGCAUUGAAGAUCUGUUUUACAAGAAUGAAGGCAAGAAACAAAUCUUAGAACAAAACUCAAAAGUGAAACUAGUGAUCAAAGUUGAAUUUCUACAAAAGUUUUAAUUGCCUAAUUCCCAUGGUAUCUAUAUAUUUUUUAAUCAUGAAAAGAACAUGGCAGCUUCUGCUGGGAAAUUUAUGUAAAUUACAUGCCCCAGAUUGUACCAAAAAGAAUGUGGCAGCUUCUGUCGGGAAAUUUAUGUAAAUUACAUGGCCCAAUUUUUACCAAUACAGUACUUGAGAAGGGAGUUGCAAUGUUUUAACCACAAGAUUGUCAAACUAGAGUAGUAGUUACGAUCAGAUAUGCUAAAUGCAUAAUUUUAAAGUUAGAAUGUGGUUAUUUCUUGAAUUCUAGGUGGCAAUACACUUAGCUCUUAUUCACUGUCCAAGGAUAAAUUAUAGUCUAGCUUCAGUUAUGGUAACAAACAUUUCCAGUACAUUUCAUAGUCAGACAUACCUGUAAUUUAUCUACAAAUGAACCACUAUCUGUAUCUUGAGGAAACUAAUAACAUACACAUCUUUUCACUGCAUAGCCUUUAUAGCAUUCAUUUUCAUUUAUGAUCAAAACUAGUACUUAACUUUUAAAAUAUGACAUCAUCCAUGAAUAAGCUUUUAAAAAUCAUUAUUUCAUUAUUUUACCAAUCAGAACUUUUCCUCAACCUAAGGCUUGCUAGGGAAGUGUCAAAUUUUUGUAUGAUAGUGCCUCUUCAGACUUGAACAUUCAAAAUAAGGAUAUAAUUUGAAUGAUUUGCUUUUUCACUGACUUUUUAAAGUUUCUACAUCCAUUUAUUGUAUAUUUUAAAGUAAUUAAAGGUCACAACAUUUUAAGUUUAACCAGACCAGAGUGAAAACACAACAUGCAUGAAAGUGUGGAACAUUUUAACUGCACCAUCAGUUCAUUUUAUAAAGAUGAGAGCUGUAAGGUUCUCACAUUCAGAGUACAAAUGAAAAUGAUGUUUACAGAACUAUUAUGAAACAAAUAACCUUUUCCAAGGAGUCAGACUAGCCUCAGGAUUUACUGAACUGUGGUAAUGAAAUCUGCAACACUUUAGAAAACAAAACCCUCAAUGUUAAGUCUGUACAGGACCUCCCAUAAAUUUUUCUAGAUAAUUUGGAACUGAAUGCAUUGGUCUCAUUUUUAAGAAAUCACGAUGCCUUAUUAAGGAUGUAACAACAUGACAAAAUAUACCUACUACUAUUUUGGGAUCAAUGCACAUUUAUUCUUUUGUGGACUGAUGUUACUGUAAGCUUGUAUAUAGUAAUAUAAAGCAUUUUCUUAUAUAGCAGUACCUUGGAUGUUUUGGCUGGUUUUAGAGAAAUUGUUUGGCAUGUUUCUGCUGGUUAUAGAGAAAUUUUGCAGCAAAGUUCUUUAAAUUUUGGAUAUGAAAAUGUUCUACAAAUUAAGCCAUUAAAUUCCACAAUGUUCAAAUCCACCUGGCUUUUAAGUUCUGCUUGGCUUACUUUCUAAAUAUGUAGCUGCAAGUUGGCCUUAACUUACUUUAAAAUAGGGCUGAAUGUUUAUAUUGCAGAUUUUUGUGGUCAUUUUGUAAUGAUAGUGUAUAAUUAAAUUAAAUGGAAAUGUAAAAAAACAAAACAAAAAAACAAAAAACACCAGGUCACUGAAUUUGUUUACUUAAGAGGUUUUUUGUUAUAAAACAUUUUGGAUCUAUUGAUCUGGAUUCAUCUGUUAUUGGUAGCUGUAGAAACUUAAGCAGCUGGUGCUCAAUAUAUAUCACUAGAGGAGGUUUUUUGAGGCUUAUAACACUGUUAUCAUUUUUAUAUUCAGGAUUGGAUGUUUGAAACAUAACCAUUUCCUCUGAAAUAUGUUGAAGAAUUACAGCAGGUGGUGCUGGAGGCUUAUUGCUGUAUAAUUACCUGCCAACUUAUUUUUGUAUGUAACUUAUAUGCUUACUGUAAAAUGCUAAUGAAAAAUUUUUGGAUUACCUAUUGAUACAUACAGUACUGUAGCAUCUAGAAGAUUAAUUUAUUUAAAAAAAGUCAAUAAAUAAGAAAUGGAAUUUUAA